CGGAGAACUGCUAUCUCGAGGUCGGACUACCGCUAAAUUGUAAGGGUUAGAGACGUUGAAUAUAAGGCGUUUGUAUAUUUGUAAUAUCCUUGUCGUUAUGUCCUUGUGUUUGUUCCUGGUCAGGUUUCCACUGAUGCAUCAUUCUACAAUGGGGCGGUCUGCCUUUCAUCCAGUCCAUCACUUGCCCCCAGGCUUCCUCCACUUCAAUCACGGCCAAGGCUUGUUCCCACCCAGACCCCUGUCGGCUCCGUAUCUGCCUGGAGCUUCGCACACCGGCAUGCCCGCGUUCGGACCAGCUCCAGUACUGUAUGGUAACGGCCUUCCAUAUCUACGAUCAUUUCCUCCCUACAUGCACAAGUUUUUAAACCCAGUUGCUAUUGGGUCCCCCAGAGUACCUUCCAGGGAAUACCUCCGUGAUGAUGGCCCUAAGAAAUGCCCCGUGUGUGGAAAAUCGUACGCGAGAUUGUCUACCUUGAGGCUUCAUCUGCGCACGCACAGUGGUGAAAAGCCUUACCAAUGUCUGGUCUGCCUGAAGUCCUUCUCACAGGCUGCUAAUCUCACAGCGCACUUCCGCAUCCACUCCGGUGAAAAACCAUUCAAGUGUCACAUCUGCAGCCGCCAAUUUUCCCAGUCUUCGUCCGUCACCACGCAUAUGCGCACUCACAAUGGUGAACGACCUUACCGAUGUCGAGUUUGUACCAAGGCCUUCGCGGACAGCUCCACGCUCACCAAACACAUGCGCACGCACACUGGUGAGAAACCAUACCAGUGCGAUAUUUGUUAUCAGCGGUUCUCGCAAUCGGGAAAUCUGAACCGCCACAAACGCAUCCAUAUUGACGUGUAACAAGGAA